AUCAAUAGGGGACAGAGCUUGAAUCUCAUAUACCUCAGUGAUAUUGGUGAUUGUUCAUUAAAAUAAGUUUUGGAAUCUUUUGAAACAUGUCUGCAGGGGAUGCGUUGACCCCAUCAGUUGGCACCGGAGGCGAUGAUGGAAUCGUUGGGGGACCCCGGACGCCCCAACAAAUCGCUGCUCAGCGAAGGCUGCAGCAGACUCAAGCUCAGGUGGACGAAGUCGUGGAUAUUAUGAAAACGAACGUAGAAAAAGUUCUGGAACGCGAUCAGAAAUUAUCUGAAUUAGAUGAUAGAGCGGAUGCGCUACAACAAGGAGCCUCACAAUUUGAACAACAAGCAGGAAAACUCAAGAGAAAGUUUUGGUUACAAAAUUUGAAGAUGAUGAUAAUAAUGGGUGUGAUUGGACUCGUAAUUUUAAUCAUCAUUGUCAUGAGAUUCAUGCCGGACCAUCCUGCUGCCGCCACCGCCGCAGCGCCAGCGGGAUCCUAUCAAUCUCAACCAUUGCAACCGGUAGUCAACUCCCCAGAGGCAGGAUCCGGGAACGCACCAGGAGCAGCUGUUCAAGCGGGCUAAAAGUGAUUUUGGACGUAUUUUCAUACAGGGUGAUUCGGAAUUGUAUUGUGUCAAAGCUGAACUGAGCGUUAAACUCGAAAACUGUCUCUAAUUUAUCUUAAAAACAUUAAAAACUCUUUCAUUACUUGAAAUUCCGAAGGCUUCUACAUUUUUCAAUACACUCUUCUUGAUUCCCAACGUAUAUUUGUAGAACAGGAAGUGAUACGAAAUUAUUUGCAAUCAAAUUAUCAUCAUACAAAACUACGCUGUAGAUUGUGUGUUUACUAAUGUCAUCUAAUAGAGCGUAUUCCAUUUGAGAAAAGGAGGCAUUUUUAUGUUGAAUUCUUUGCUACACUUGCUGUCUAAAAUAUAUUGUGAACUGUCAAUUAAAAUGUCAGUUGUUAUAAAUGCCUAUCUGUAUAUGAUAUAUGUCUAUUCUACCAUUCAAUCAACAAUUAGCAGUUACAGUGUACUGAAACUACGAAUGAAAUUUUUUUUUUAAAUGGUGUUAGAUUGAAUUUUUGACAUUCAUUAUUAAGGUGUGUUAGCCAAUCAAAUGACACCUUUUUUGUCAAAUUAAUUAGUGUAUUGUUUAAGUUUGAUUAAUAGCGAAUGAAACACGAGCCCCAAGACUGUUGUACUAUUAAGGAUGAUUAACUCGAAUGCGAUAUGUUGCAGGUGUCCUCAUCCGGUUCCUAGUAUGACCAGUUAGGCUAUUCAGCUCUGAGAAUUAUGGAAAUAAAGGUUUUUAUUUGAUAAUAAUUGGUUUACAUUUCAAGUUCUUCUUUAACAAACACUGUAAAUUUUCGCACUCACUAACAAAGGGUAAUGUUCCUAAUAAAUAUGAAUGGGAGAAAACAAAUCAUUAAAACAGCAUUGAAAUAAAACUUUGAAGGAAUGACCAGUAAGGGGUUUCAAUGCGCUCGCAUUCUGUUGAAAUAAUAUUCAGAAAAACAAACAGAAAUCAUUUUCUGUGAUACAGCCCUACAUUAGUCGUUAUAAGUGAAAAAUCAUUCACUACGUUUUCAACGUCAUCACUUCCUUAGUACAUAAAAUUCGCUCAGGCAUAUGUUAUGCUCCCUUGUUGAAAAUGUUGAUAUUCUGACAACAACCUAGUAUUCUUAUAUCAUUUCCCAGUUUGUGUUCUCUAAGAUAAACGACCAUGUUGUAGGAGCAGCCGAGUAAAUAAUUCUGAAUCACCCAGUAUAUACUAGUUGUCUCACCUAAAACUAUGAGGCUAACUAUCUCAGAACGAAUGGAAGUAUACUCAGAAGUCAAACUCAGCAAUAGUGAUGCACUCUAAAUUCAUAGUGGUUACAAUUGACGUUACAAUUGACUGAAUGAAAAAAAGCUUUUGAUUUGGGUGCCUUUUUCAAUCUAAAACACCCGCGCAAUGCGAUUCAUUAAGUCAUUUUCAUCUGAGAUGUUCAGAACAACAGUUUUAUUCGAGACCCCUUGU